UUGCCUAGACUUCUGCUAAGCCGCAUAGCAAAUUCAGGAUUCAUAUCCUUAUAAAUAAGAUACUAUCUUAAUUUUGCAUCAACACAAUCCACCAACAAAGCUACCUCCAGCAAAAUUCUGAUCUCUAACUCUUUAAUUUUAGUAAGCCCAUCUCUCUUAACUUUCUCAAAUCAGUAACCAUGAUGAGAGCAAGGUUUCCUUCAAUCAUCUCUAAUGCCAGGCACAUACUCAAAUCACACUCUCAUAAUGCCAAAAAUCAAAAGGAAGUUCCAAAAGGGUAUGUUGCAGUUUAUGUAGGGGAAAGUGAAAUGAAGAGAUAUGUAGUCCCACUUACUUAUCUAAGCCAACCUUCUUUCCUAGACUUGCUCAGAUAUGCCAAAGAAGAGUACGGCUACAAUCAUCCUAUGGGUGGGCUAACAAUUCCAUGCAAUGAGGAAGCCUUCAUCAAUAUCACCAGUCGAUUUAACAAUUAACAUUGAAGCAUGACGGAUACAUAGAAGGCAGUCCUCAGCACAGUUUUGACAGUUUCCUUUAUAUUAGAUUUAUAGUUCAUUAGAUUUAUUCACAGACAAAGGCUUGUAAUCAGUGUACAUAUAUCACUUUUCAACUCCAUAAUCAAAAUUCUGCACAAAGUAGUGCUUUUUUCAGAA